AUGCUCCUCGCCUCCCGGGCCGUUUUUUUAACGGCGGGCGCCCUGGCGACCAGGACCGCGUGCCGACCGACCUCCCCGGUCGGAGCCGGGCUGUCGGGGCGGGUGCUGGGGGCCACCUUGACCCUCCGGCAGCGUCGCGACCUGAGCGCCGCGGCCCCCGCCGGGUACGACUACGUGAUCGUGGGGGGGGGCUCGGCCGGCUGCGUGCUGGCUAACCGCCUGACGGAGGGGACGGGGGCCACGGUGCUGUUGUUGGAAGCCGGGCCCAAGGACACGGUGCUGGGCAGCAAACGCCUCCUGUGGAAGAUCCACAUGCCGGCCGCCCUGAUCUACAACCUGUGCGACGACAAGUACAACUGGUAUUACCACACCACCCCCCAGCGGCACAUGGGAGACCGGGUCUUGUACUGGCCUCGGGGGAGGGUGUGGGGGGGCUCCUCGUCCCUCAACGCCAUGGUGUACAUCCGGGGACAUGCCGAGGACUACAACCGCUGGGCGGCCCAGGGCGCCAGCGGCUGGGACUACGAGCACUGCCUACCCUACUUCAGGAAGGCUCAGAACCACGAGCUGGGGGCGAACCCCUACCGGGGGGGGGAUGGACCCCUGCACGUGUCCCGAGCCAAGACGCAGCACAUCCUUCACCAGACCUUCCUGGACGCAGCACAGCAAGCCGGGUAUCCCUUCACCGAGGACAUGAAUGGCUUCCAGCAGGAGGGGGUCGGUUGGAUGGACAUGACCAUUCACCGAGGUAAAAGAUGGAGCGCAGCGAGUGCGUACUUGCGCCCAGCGUUGACACGCCCCAAUCUGUCAACGGAGGUGCAGGCGUUCGUGACCCGCAUCCUGUUUGAGGGCACCAAAGCCGUGGGCAUCGAGUACACCCAGGGUGGCGAGAAGAAAAAGGGUCUUAUUGGCCGCCAGGUCUACGCUCACAAGGAGGUGAUCCUGAGCGGAGGAGCCAUCAACAGCCCACAGCUUCUGAUGUUAUCGGGGGUCGGGAACGCAGACGACCUCAAGCAGCACGGGAUACCUGUGGUCUCCCACCUCCCCGGGGUGGGUCAGAACCUUCAGGAUCACUUAGAGCUCUACGUACAACAGGGCAGCACCCAACCCAUCACUUUAUAUCAGUCCCAGCAACCUCUCAACAUGGUCAAGAUCGGUCUGGAGUGGUUUCUGAAAUUCACAGGAGAGGGAGCGACUGCUCACUUGGAGACCGGAGGAUUCAUCAGAAGUCGCCCUGGAGUAACCCAUCCUGAUAUCCAGUUCCACUUCUUACCCUCGCAGGUCAUAGACCAUGGGAGGGUGGCACCAAAUGCAGAAGCUUAUCAGGUCCACGUUGGCUCAAUGAGACCCACCAGUGUGGGGUGGAUGAAGCUGAAGAGUGCAGAUCCCAAGGACCAUCCAAUCCUCGAACCAAACUACCUCGCCACAGAGAUUGACGUUUGGGAGUUGAGGGAGUCCGUCAAGCUCACCAGGGAGAUCUUCCUGCAGAAAGCCUUCGACCAGUUCCGAGGUCCCGAGGUGACCCCUGGGAAGAGCGUGCAGACGGACGAGGAGAUCGACCGCUUUGUGAAGGAGAAAGCGGACAGCGCCUACCACCCCUCCUGCACGUGCAAGAUGGGGCAGUCCAAUGACCCCUUGGCUGUGGUGGACCCCGAGACCCGGGUUUUCGGGCUGGAGAACCUGCGCGUGGUGGACGCCUCCAUCAUGCCCAGCUUGCCCAGCGGCAACCUCAACGCCCCCACCAUAAUGAUCGCCGAAAAGGCCGCCGACAUCAUCAAGGGGCUCCCCUCCCUCUGCGCCCAGGGGAUCCCCGUCUACAAACCCCAAAGCCUGGACACCCAGCGGUAAAACCAGACCCGGAGACAGGCCACCGACCCGCACCGCACAAGAAGGAGUCUCGUUGUAAGGACGUCCAGCAUGUUGGGGGCGGAGGGGAAAGGGGGUAGAAGGGUGGGGAAGAAGGGGGGGGGGGUGGGGUGGGAAGAGAAGUGUCAGCCAGAGUUCUGAGAUGGAGGGGGAAAAAUUUGGACCCGGCUUUGCACUCGAUCAUCAUUCCGCAGUCAGGAAGGGAGGAAGGUUUUGAAAUGGGUUCAACGUCACUUUUCUUUUAGGCUGUAGAUGACAGCGACACGACUUUUACACAGCGUCCUUCAGGCGGGUUGGGUAGGGUUGGGUAGGGUAGCGUCCUGGAGUGCUUGACAGUGGCGGUGAGCCAGGGGGUGAGGGAGGGG